CACACCAGCGCCCGCUACCGAGUGAGUGACCGCGUCACAUACAAGGUAGUCGCCCGGAACUGCCACCAGCGAUAUUCGGGAACUUCUCACAAACGAUCGCAUCCGUCCCAGUGCAGUCCGAACAAAGGCCCACUAAAAGGAUCCCCCUUCCCACGUGCCCGGUCUAGGAAUACAAAGGACACCGCCUCGCAGACAACUACAUUGUAUAUAUAAACCAGAGACAUCGAACAGAAUUUUCGCCAUGUAUCAUCCAGUGACUGGAGGGGUACACGAGAAGAUUGCUGCAUGACAGCGCGUGACGGGCAGCGACAACAUUGACCUUCACGCGCCAAAAGUUUCGAAUCUGUAGUUAAUGAUUACCCUCCAGUCGGCGCUGAACUUGGACUCUUCUGCUGUGGUGAUUUGUCUUCUUCUAAUCACCAGCGACGCAAACUAAGAGCUUUGCUGGGCUGGUGUAAGAUCCCAUCCACGACAAGUAAACAUCAAACCCGGGAGGCUACAGCGAUGACGCUGAUGACAUUGGCAGCAGGUUUUUCUCCCCUUGGGAUCCGUUGGUAGGCUGUGGUGCAACGACGAUGACAGCUCACGUAUUGCUUCUUCACCUACCACACCAGAUCUGACCAAGAUGGCACUCCGGGGGGUUGUCACCGCCACCCGCCUCUCUGGCCCUCCCCGUGCCUUGCCCGCCAUCCUUGUCAUUGUCCUGCUGGUCGACCAAGUCGCCCAGGUGGGCACCUACAGCGGGAUCCACUACACUUGCCGGGGCGACCUCAACCUGGGCGGUCUGGUCCCCCUCCACAAGUACGACGAGACAAACCAGCAGUGCGGGCCGCUCCGAACCAUCGGAGCCCUGAAGCGCCUGGAAGCCAUGGUCUUUGCCGUUGACACGAUCAACCGGAACUCCAGCCUGCUGCCGGGGAUUGACUUGGGCUUCGAGAUCUACGACACCUGCUCCUCCAACGCCGUGACACUGCGGGACUGCUUGAAUUUCAUCCCGCCCCAGCGUUGGGACGGCAACUGCUCGCUGCUGAGAUCCGAGGAGCUCUGUCCGGACACCGAGCCUCCCAUCGUCGGCGUGGUCGGCGCGCAGCGCAGCGGCUCCAGUGUCCAGGCGGCGAUCCUCCUCGGCCUGUACCACAUCCCACAGGUCAGCUACCUGUCCACCAGCGACGAACUCUCCAACGUCCUUCGCUACCCGUACUUCCUGAGGACGGUUGGGCCCGACAGCUACCAGGUCGAGGCCAUAGCCGAUCUGAUCGAGGAGUACGGCUGGAAUUACGUUUCCUUCAUCAAUUCAGACGACACGUACGGCAAGAGCGCCCAGCAGGCCUUCCGGACGACGGCGCAAAAGCUCGGCGUCUGCAUCGCUAUCACCCGCACCGUCUCUCUGUACGCCACAGACGAAACCUUCGACGACCUGGUGGUCGAGCUGCUGACGCUUCAGACCAGCAGCCACGCGGUGGUCGUCAUCCUCUUCGUCCAACUCGAAAUGGCUGAAGACAUUUUCCGGGCGGCCACUAAAGCGGAAGCCAACCGGCGGUUCAUCUGGAUUGGGAGCGACGGUUGGGGAAACUACGGAGACGACGCCGUCAAGGAUUACCUCAACGCUACAGUCGGGGCGUUCACGUUAUCUCCGCUGUCUAAGAGGCUGAAUGAAUUCGAUGACUACUUUCAUUCUCUGAAUACUUCGAGCAGGAACCCGUGGUUGCGAGAGUUCCUGGAGGAGUACACCGACUGUUCGACGAACGGCACGGGGGCACCGAGCUGCGACGACCCAGGGCUAAUCAGCCUUGCCGACGACGGCAAGGUCGCUCACGAGACGCUGGUCAUGGACUCGGUCUUCACUUUUGCCCAUGCCUUGGAGAGCAUGCGCCGCGACCUCUGCCCCAACACAGAACAAGGGCUCUGCCCAAACAUGGCGGCCAUUGACGGGGACGUCCUGCACCAACACCUGCUGAACACGGAAUUCCAGAGCCUAGCAAACGGAUGGAUAAGCUUCACCAAAGAGGGCAACAUGUACGGCCGGUACGCCGUCAACCACUUGCAGAUGAACAAGACGUCCGGCGAGUACAGCUUCCACCGAGUAGGGGAGUGGAAACAGUCGACGGACAAGGACGUCCCGAGUCUCAAGAUAGACCCAGGGCUGCCUUGGUACCUCUGGGACGGCGCGUCGGUGGAUCCCUCCACGGGGAUACCGCGGUCAGUUUGCAGCAACCCGUGCAAGCCGGGGGAGAAGAUCAACCGCAUCCCGGACAACCUGUGCUGCUGGACGUGCACAGCCUGCGAGACGUCCGAGAUCGUGGUGGAAAACGGCACCAAGUGCCAGUCCUGCAUCGACGUGGACGAGGGUAAGUUCGCCUGGCCCAACGCCGACCAGACCGUUUGCGUGGACAUCCCCAACGACUUCGUGCUCGGCGAGCAGGCCUGGGCCAUCGCCAUCAUCACCGUGGCCUGCGUGUGCAUCCUGGCCACCCUCUUCGUCCUGGCCGUGUACAUCCACAACCAGGAGAUGCCACUCAUCAAGGCCUCCAGUCGGGAGCUGAGCUACAUCAUCUUCGUUGGCAUCCUCCUGUCCUACGUCACGGCCAUAGUCUUCUCCAUCGCCCCGUCUACGUUUGUCUGCAUCCUCCGCCGUUUUGGGCCCAGUAUAGCACCGUCCCUCAUCUACGCCUCUAUAGCGACGAAGACCAUCCGUCUCUUCCGCAUCUUCCGGGCUUCUAAGAAGUCGGCCAAGAGGCCCAACUACAUCGGCUCCAUGUUCCAAGUUGUCUUAUCGCUGUCCGUCUCCUCACUCGCGGUGGUGUGGACCGUGGUGUGGCUGAUCGUUGACCCGCCCAGCGUCAUCCUGAAGCUGCCCAACGAGAGGGAGAACAUUCUUCAGGUCACCUGUCUGAUGAACAUCGUGGAGACGGUGGGUGUCAUGGUGUGGAAUGUGGCACUCAUCAUCGUGUGCUGUGUCUUCGCCUUCAUGACGCGCAAGCUGCCCGAGAACUACAACGAGACCCGCUUCAUCACCUUCUGCAGCUUCUGCACGCUGGUCGUCUACGUCACCUUCUCGCCCAUCUACUUCACCUCCAAGGAGCCCUACUACCAGGCCAGCUACUACUCGGCCGGCCUCAUCAUAAACGCCACGGUCACCCUGACCUGCCUCUUUGCGGUCAAGAUCUACGCGCUGUACUUCGUGGACGAGGACGAGAUGAACAUUUUCACGCAGACUCGGCUGCGCGCCAACACCAAGACGUCGUCGGCCCGCGGUCUGCAGUUCCAGACCUCGUCCUCGGGCCACACCGAGGUCCACUCGAACCCAAACUAUGUGAGCGAGACGGGCACGUACCUGCCCGCGGCCCCCGGGGGCGAGUCGACCAACGAUGUCAACCUGAACGAGGCCCGGGAGGACCGCCUCCGGAGCAGCUCCGACAACAGCAACAAGAGCAGCAACAGCAGCAAGGCGUCGAGCGCCGGCGGCGUCAUGGACAGGCUGAGAGGGACCAACAAGGUCGACCCAUCGAAUAGCAGACAAGGGUCACGUGACACCGCCCGGCCCAAUGGCAUCACCUCACUUGAUAAGGUCGUCAGAGGCCCCGGUAAGCCCUCGCCGUCCGUAAAAGAAACUAAGGUCUUCUUCAGUCCAGAUGUGGUCGAAUGCGACACCCACAUGUGAACCCCCGUCCAAGCUAAAUUUCGUAUAGGUUCCUCAGUACAGUCACAACCUUUUUUUGAAGUUUUAGUGUUUGUAAAUAAUAUAAACAGCACACAGAGUUGAAGUGGUUACAAGUUAUAACGAAAGCUACACUGAUAAUUGCAGUACACGUGUUUGUACAGUAUGUUGUCAACUGAUAAAAACACGAUAUCUCGCACGAAGGACUUUGCUCGACUGCGGGUAAGAUUAAAUUGUUUACAAAAUUAAGUAUGACCAAGAGUAGUUCAAAGGGUGAAUGGGAAAAGUGAUUGUCGGGUUAGUUAUGUUUUUUUCUCACGUCUUUAAACACUGUAAUCAGUAUUUUGGAGGAAGUAAACAGCUUGUUGGCAACCGGCGCUGCAACUGUAAAGUCAGAUCACAAAGCCAAGUUUAACCGGGGGUGGACCCAAGCAACCCGCCCCCCGGAUUGCAUGGCCCUGUGGCGGUUUUACCCGGCUGUGUACCGGCUUAAUUAACCAUCAAACCCUCGCCACGUUCGACUAGCCCCGUGCCGGUUAAACAUGUCGAUUUUACUUACAUGGCGACCCACAAGCUAGCAACAGUUGCACGAGAAGUACAUACCAACUUUUGUUUAGAUCACUUACUGAUUAUCACACAGACCUAAAGUGUCCAUGUAACCUAAUAUUCUUCUCUGUUAAUUGAUUUCCGGCUUGAAACAGAGACGUCAUUAGAAUUAAAAUUAACCACGAGGCCCACGGUAAAUGCAAUAAUAUAUUAUGAUUACGUGAACAAUGUACAUACCAUUAUUCAGUCGUGUUCACUGUAAUACAACACGAUAUCACAGAUUUUUUAAAGUACUGUUUUGGGUGUACAUUUGUUUAUAUUUGCCAAGACAGGAUUUAUAUUAACAAAAAAAGCAUACGGGCUAUGCAACCCAUAACAGUAUUUUGUACAUAUGUUCUACUGCAGAUUACGAACUUAGAUAAACCAAAAUGUUCAUUUCAGUUGGUCAAACAACAAAUCUGUCAGCGUGCAUGCCACUAAAGGGUGACAAACAGAGAUUAUAGACAAAUCCGAUUAGACGCCCUAACCGCGGUGGCACCGCACUCGCACGCACAUUCUUCAGCUUGACGCGCGCGUACA